AUGUUAGUACGUUCGAAAAGAACGCGUAUCACAUUUUUGUCUGUUUUAAAGAUCAAUCCUCAGCACUGCGUGCCAACUCUGGUAGACAGUGGUUUUUCUCUGUGGGAGUCUCGUGCCAUCAUGAUCUAUCUGGUAGACAAGUAUGGAAAGAACGACCAGCUGUAUCCGAAGGAUCCGCAAAAGCGGGCACUGGUUAAUCAGCGUCUGUACUUUGAUAUGGGAACACUGUACCAACGCUUCGGAGAUUACUACUAUCCACAGAUCUUCGAAGGUGCUACGGCGAAUCCCGCCAACUACGACAAGAUUGGCGAAGCUCUGCAAUUCUUAAACAAGUUCCUUGAAGGUCAACACUUUAUAGCCGGAGGGGAUGUCCUAACCCUAGCGGAUUUAAGCGUCCUAGCUUCGUUGACUACGUUCGAGGUCGCCGGUUACGAUUUUUCAGCUUUUAAAAAUGUUAAAGAUUGGUACGAUAGAAUUCAAAAACUUGCUCCGGGUGCGGAUACCAACCGCACUUGGGCGGAAGCCGCCCGACCGCUUUUCAAUAAAGUGCGAAAACCUUGACAACUCAAUUAACGGACGAAUAGUUUUGUUUGCCUUCCCGCGAAUCGCCUAAUAAAUACCUUUACCUAGUCAUAGAA